GGCUCGGCGGGCACCAUGCUGCUCCCCGCCGUCCGGCUGGUGCGGCUGGGCCGGGUGCCGUAUUCCGAGUUCCUGGCGCUGCAGGAGCGCUGGCUGCGGCGGCUGCAGGCGGAGCCGGGCGCCGAGGGCCCGCCGUCGAGGACAGAGGCGGAGGCGGGGGCGGGCGCGCUCCUGCUCUGCGAGCCCGCGGGGCCCGUGUACACGGCCGGGCUGCGCGGCGGCCUGACGCCGGAGGAGGCGGCGCGGCUGCGGGCCUUGGGCGCCGAGGUGCACAGCACGGGCCGCGGCGGCCUGGCCACCUUCCACGGCCCCGGCCAGCUGCUCUGCCACCCGCUGCUCGACCUGCGGCGCCUGCGCCUGCGCCUGCGCGCCCACGUGGCGGCGCUGGAGGCGUGCGCCGUGCGCCUGUGCGGGCUGCAGGGCCUGCGGGGCGCCUGCGCGCGGCCGCCGCCCUACACCGGCGUGUGGCUCGGGGAGCGCAAGAUCUGCGCCAUCGGAGUCCGCUGUGGAAGGCACAUCACGUCCCACGGCCUGGCUCUGAACUGUUGUACAGAUCUCACGUGGUUUGAGCACAUUGUGCCCUGUGGGCUGGUUGGGACAAGCGUCACUUCCCUGAGCAAGGAGCUCCAGAGGCACCUCACGGUGGACGAAGUCAUACCGCCUUUCCUGGAGGCCUUCAAGGAGACCUACAAGUGCACCUUGUUCUCAGAGGACAGUUCUAACUGAAAGGCAUUCAUGUUACCAGCCCGGAGGUUCCUGCCUUGGAAAGCACCAAGCCUGACGUGGAGACACGGAAACCCAGAUUCUGGAUGUAGUCCUGUCAUUCACUCACCAUGAGACUGUGGGCCAAUCAGGAGCUCUUAGCCAGUGUUUUCAUAUGUAACCUGGCUUAUUUAUAACUUCCCCACCUACCUCAGGUAUAGAAGUGGAAACUUGAAAAGUAACACGUGCUUAUUCAGUACGAUGUAUUAGCCCAGCCUGUGUGGCUCAGUGGUUGAGGGUUGACCUGUGAACCGGGAGGUGAUGGAUCCCCAGUGUGGGGCAUGCAGGAGGCAGCUGAUCAAUGAUUCUCAUUAUUGAUGUUUCUAUGUCUCUCCUUCAUUCCUCUCUGAAAUAAAAAUAUAUUUUAAAAAUAAAUACAGUGCAUUAGCACUAUUAAUACCACUUUCUAAGCUAACAGUGUCAUUUCUCAAUUAUUGCUUCCUCAACACUGUAUUUAAUUGGGCAAUUCUAGGCUUCCAGUUCCUUUGAUUGUGUAGGAGUCAUGUCUCUGGUUGACCCAGGGGAGAGUGAUGUGAUGUGGUGCUUUCUGCAAUAAAGGGAAACCUCUUAAAGAAUAGGACCCUGUCUGCCUGGGUUAGACUCCCCAAGCCUGACAGCUACUUUUAGUUAGGUAACCUAAACUAGGCCAAAGUCUGGGGGAAGAUAACAUUUCCCAAAGAUAGAAGAUUGCCUAUAUGAGAUCUCUUAAUUAUACAAAGCUGUGUAUUAUUUAUUGUUGUAUAACACAUUACCCCAAAACAAAAUCAUUAGACAUUAUCUCAUAUAUAGUCUAUAGGUCAGGAAUUUGGGGGAAACUUAGCUGAGUGGUUCUGGAUCAAGGUCUCUCAAGAGUUGUAGUCAAGAUGUCAUCUGGGGCUGCUGUCAUCUGAAGGCUCGAUGGAUCAGCUUCCAAGGUGGUUCACUCACUUUGUUGGUUGGUGCUAGCUGUUGGUAGGAAGCCUCAGUUAUUCACCAUGUGGGCCACUCCAUAAUGGCCACUGAAAUAUCCUCGUGACCCAACAACUGGCUUCUCCCAGGAAUUACAUGGUAGCUAUUAAG